CGCUCUGCCGGCCGACAGCGAGGACACAGACACCUUCUGAAGUUUGGUGCAUGCUGUGCGCCUUUUUUUAUUUGCUGCAACAAGAAAAGCCUUUUCUUUUAACCCGGCUUCCUUUGAAGAAGUAACUCAGGAAGCUUCAUGGCUUCUCAAGAAUCUCAGGGACAAACCAAACUAAUCUUUAAGGAUUACCUCCCUGGCUCUUCUGACAUUCCUCAACAGAAUACUCCUGUUGAACCAACAAGUCUCUGGAAGCAAACAUCAUGCACUCAUAAUUUGCCACCUGGUCUGGAGUACCUGAACCAGCUGGACCAGAUAAUUAUUCAUCAGCAAGUGGAGCUUCUGGAAGCCAUACUUGGCACAGAGACCUCCAGCAAAUACGAGAUAAAAAACCCCUUGGGACAAAGAGUUUACUUUGCAGUGGAAGAGAACGGCUGCUUUGACCGCAAGCUGUGCUCGCCCAUCAGGGCGUUCACCAUCAGGAUCGCGGAUAACGCGGGCCGCGAGGUGAUCCGAGUCAUCCGACCCCUGAGGUGCAACAGCUGCUGCUUCCCCUGCUUCCUGCAGCAGUUGGAAGUUCAGUCCCCACCAGGUACAGUAGCUGGGUACGUUGUACAGAAUUGGGACCCUUUUCUGCCAAAGUUUACUAUACAGAAUGAAAGUAAAGAAGAUGUGCUAAAAAUAAUUGGCCCAUAUGCAACCUGUGGCUGUUUUGAAGAUGUUGACUUUGAGGUAAAAGCUCUCAAUGAGAUGACAACGAUCGGCAAAAUUUCCAAGUAUUGGUCUGGAUUUGUCAACAACGUCUUCACCAACACCGCCAACUUUGGGAUCCAGGUCCCUGUAGAUCUCGACGUGAGGAUCAAGGCAGUCAUGAUUGGUGCUUGUUUCCUCAUUGACUUAAUGUUCUUUGAAAAUUCUUUGGAUGGAUUAUAACAAGAUGACAGAAACAAUGAAAUAUGCAGAAUGUGUUUCGAAAUCGCUUGAGCUUUGGACAUUAUUUUGAACUGUAAAAAUCUGUGUUCCUUAUAUGAAAAGACAGGGAGCUAAUUAUGAUGUUUAUUAAAAUAUGUCUCAUGUAAAUAA